AUGGCCAACACGACCAUCUUUGGUGCAAAGGCUAUUCACGGUGCAAAUCCUCAAAGUCUUGUAGAAGAGGUCAUUCGGCUGAGAAUCUGGGAAUCGGCGUAUUGGAAAGAGGAAUGCUUUGGUCUCACUGCCGUCUCGCUCAUCGACAAGGCCAUCAAGCUCAGCGCCAUCGGUGGUGUGUACGACAAUACCAAGCCGACCCAAUUCAUCUGUCUGCUCCUCAAGCUUUUGCAGAUUCAACCUGAAAAGGAGAUUCUCGUCGAGUACCUGCUCGUUGAAGAGUACAAAUAUCUGCGAGCACUCGCUGCAAUGUACAUUCGCAUGACCUUUGGAGCUGCCGAAGUCUAUCAACUUCUCGAGCCAUUGCUCAACGACUAUCGGAAAUUGCGCCUCUUGUCCAUGAACGGAUUCAGCUUGACGUACAUGGACGAGUUUGUCGACAAAUUGCUUACCGAGGACCGCGUCUGCGACAUUAUUUUACCCCGGCUUCCCAAACGAGAGAUUCUCGAGCAAACAGAACGUCUUCCACCGAGAAAGAGCAAACUCAUGGAGGCCAUGCAGGAAAAGGAUAGUGACGAAAGCGAGCGUGGUCGUAGUCGCAGCCGCAGUCGCAGUCGUAGUCGUUCGCGUUCAUCCCGGUCCAUUUCGCGGAGUCGUUCACCGUCGUAUGUCGGUUCAGAUGGAGACGAGGAUGGAGAUCGUUAUAUUUCGAAAAGUCCCUCGCGAUCAAGAUCAAACUCGCCUCGUCCAAUGGACACAACCUGA